AUGGAGGUUGACGUGGUGGGGACGACGCUGGUGGCGCCGAGCGAGGACACGCCACGCCGGGAGCUGUGGGUGUCGAACCUGGACCUGGCCGUGCCCAAGGCGCACACGCCGCUGGCGGGGAGGCUGGGCGUGGGCGAGGGCGGGCGCCUGCAGAUCGACUGCAACGCCCAGGGCGCGCUCUUCGUCGUCGCCAGGGGCCAGGGCCGACUUCGCCGGCGCGGACGUGUUCGCUCCCCAGAUCAGGGCUCAAACCAAAUCUGUGGCAUUACUUUAGAGAUGGAAAAUGCGGAAAGUUUCGAGUUUGCAAUAAUGACUACGAGUGUUUUGGCCUUUGGUUCACGUGAUGGAUCAAAGCCCAUGAUGCAUCGUGCCAUCCGUAGCUCUGCUUGGAACGCGAUCAGUGUGUGCAGAUCGUGGGCAACCGCAAAACACGCGCGGCCGCUGUUGUAUCUCCUCGCCGACGUCAAGUCCCGCUGCGCGCCGGGCGUGUCCACGUACUGCGCCGUCACCGCGCACCUCUGGCGCUGCAUGUGCGUCGCGCGCGGGCUGGCGCCGGGCUCCGACACGCGGCUCCACGUCCCCGCCAAUGUCCGCCACCGCCUCCGGCCGCCGCUCCAGCGGAGCUACUUCGGCAACGCCAUCGUGCGCGACCUCGUCGUCGCCCGGGUGGAGGACGUCCUGGCGCGCCCGCUCGGGUUCGUGGCGCAGGCCAUCAGGGACGCGGUGGACCGCGUUGACGACGCCUACGUGCGCUCCGUGGUGAACUACCUGGAGGUGGAGUCGGAGAAGGGCAGCCAGGCGGCGCGCGGGCAGCUCAUGCCGGAGUCCGACCUCUGGGUGGUCAGCUGGCUCGGGAUGCCCAUGUACGACGCCGACUUCGGCUGGGGCCCGCCGCGUUUCGUCGCGCGGCGAAGAUGUUCGGCAGCGGCACGGCCUACGUGA